UUCGGUAUCUACUUCAUUAUUUAAAUGGGCAAUUUCGGGUUAGGCAGUUCUGGAUAGCAGUCCCUAUCCUGUGCCCGUUCUGGAACCUCUCUCGCCUUUUUUGCUAUGCAAGGAAGCCCAAUUCACAGUCGUCAUCGCCACUAAAGUUACACCAGGGGUCAUCUCAAGAAGGAAACGUUUUCUGUGAGAAUUUCUAUGCAAGUGAAUUGGGGAAGGCUUUAAAGAUAACGGAAGUGGCACGCGUUUCUCCCAAACAAUUCGACGCUGUGUAAAUCACAGAAAUUCCGGGAAGGACUAACGACGUCCGUGGAUGAUUCUGCGGCUCACAGGCACACAGGGCACGCUCAGUUUACCCUCCCCGGCCCCGACGACCACCACAGGUGCGAAGCCCGCCCGGGUAGGCAGCGUUUGCUGUCCCCGCAGAGCGGGUGCGGGGGCGGGGCCUGCCGCGCGUCACCGCUGUCGUAGCCGCCAGACCGGGUCUCCGCGGCCGCCGAACCGGGGGACUGGGGGCCAGGGUGAGCGUCAAGAUGGCCGCCCCGGCUCGGGCUGUUUUCAGAUGCUUCAAAUGUGGUGAACACAGACUUGUUUGGAUUAUGCGUUUCUCAGCUAGGCUAAAUAAAUGCUAACAAUGGAUAAGUGCAAACAUGUUGGGCAGUUGCAGCUUGCUCAAGACCACUCCAUCCUCAACCCUCAGAAAUGGCACUGCGUGGACUGCAACACGACCGAGUCCAUUUGGGCUUGCCUUAGCUGCUCCCAUGUUGCCUGCGGAAGAUAUAUUGAGGAGCAUGCACUCAUGCACUUUCAAGAAAGCAGUCAUCCUGUUGCACUGGAGGUGAAUGAGAUGUAUGUUUUUUGUUACCUUUGUGAUGAUUAUGUUCUUAAUGAUAAUGCAACUGGAGACCUGAAGUUACUGCGAAGUACAUUAAGUGCAAUCAAAAGUCAAAAUUCUCACUGCACAACUCACAGUGGAAGCGUUUCACGGUCCUUGGGUACAGGUGAUGAUUCUUACUUCUUACAUGAUGAUGCCCAAUCUCUGCUUCAAAAUGAAGAUCAAAUGUAUGCUGCUCUUUGGCACAGGAGAAGGAUCCUAAUGGGUAAAAUCUUUCGAACAUGGUUUGAACAAUCACCCAUUGGAAGAAAAAGGCAAGAAGAACAAUUUCAGGAAAAAAUAGUAGUAAAAAGAGAAGUAAAGAAAAGACAGCAAGAAUUAGAGUAUCAAGUUAAAGUAGAAUUGGAAAGUAUGCCUCCAAGAAAGAGUUUACGUUUACAAGGGCUUUCUCAGUCAACCAUAAUAGAAAUAGUUCCUCUUGAGGGGCCAGCACAGACUCCAGCAUCACCAGCAAAAGAUAAAGUGGUCUCUACCUCAGAAGAUGAAAGAUCUAAAAAAGUCAGUGACUCCUCAGUUAAACGAAGGCCAGUAGUAACUCCUGGCGUAACAGGAUUGAGAAAUUUGGGAAACACUUGCUAUAUGAAUUCUGUUCUUCAGGUGUUGAGUCAUUUACUUAUUUUUCGGCAAUGUUUUUUAAAGCUUGAUCUGAACCAAUGGCUGGCUGUGACUGCUAGUGAGAAGACAAGAUCUUAUAAGCAUCCACCAGUCACUGAUACAGUAGCAUAUCAAAUGAAUGAAUGUCAAGAAAAAGAUACAGGUUUUGUUCGCUCCAGACAUUCAAGUUUGUCAUCAGGACUCAGUGGUGGAGCACCAAAAGGUAGAAAGAUGGAACUUAUUCAGCCAAGGGAGCCGACUUCACAGUACAUUUCUCUUUGUCAUGAAUUGCAUACUUUGUUCCAAGUCAUGUGGUCUGGAAAGUGGGCCUUGGUCUCACCAUUUGCUAUGCUACACUCGGUGUGGAGACUCAUUCCUGCCUUUCGGGGUUAUGCCCAACAAGAUGCUCAGGAAUUUCUUUGUGAACUUUUAGAUAAAAUACAACAUGAAUUAGAGACAACUGGUACCAGUUUACCAGCUCUUAUCCCCACUUCUCAAAGGAAACUUAUCAAACAAGUUCUGAAUGUUGUAAACAACAUUUUUCAUGGACAACUUCUUAGUCAGGUUACAUGUCUUGUAUGUGACAACAAAUCAAAUACCAUAGAACCUUUCUGGGACUUGUCAUUGGAGUUUCCAGAACGAUAUCAAUGCAGUGGAAAAGAUACUGCUUCCCAGCCAUGUCUGGUUACUGAAAUGUUGGCCAAAUUUACAGAAACUGAAGCUUUAGAAGGAAAAAUCUACGUAUGUGACCAGUGUAACUCAAAGCGUAGAAGGUUUUCCUCCAAACCAGUUGUACUCACAGAAGCCCAGAAACAACUGAUGAUAUGCCGCCUACCUCAGGUUCUCAGGCUGCACCUCAAACGAUUCAGGUGGUCAGGACGCAAUAACAGAGAAAAGAUUGGUGUUCAUGUUGUCUUUGAGGAAAUCUUAAACAUGGAGCCCUAUUGCUGCAGGGAGACCCUGAAAUCCCUCAGACCGGAAUGCUUUAUCUAUGACUUAUCUGCAGUGGUGAUGCACCAUGGGAAAGGAUUUGGCUCAGGGCACUACACUGCCUACUGCUAUAAUUCUGAAGGAGGGUUCUGGGUACACUGCAAUGAUUCCAAGCUAAGCAUGUGCACUAUGGAUGAAGUAUGCAAGGCCCAAGCUUAUAUCUUGUUUUAUACCCAACGAGUUACUGAAAAUGGACAUUCUAAACUUUUGCCUCCAGAGCUCCUGUCUGGGAGCCAACAUCCCAAUGAAGAAGCUGAUACCUCUUCUAAUGAAAUCCUUAGCUGAUCCAAAGACAAUGGGACUUUCUUCCUGUGAUUUAUAUAUAUUCUUUUAAAAAGGGCUGAUGUACCAUUUUAAGCUUCAUUAUUUUUUUCUUAUGAAUCAGUGCACACUACAUUUAUAUAUUUUGUAUCUAACUACAACAAAACUUUUUCUUCCCCCAAAGUACAAAUAUGUGUAUAUCAACU